AAGAAAUGGGCGCCGUUUUCGACUUGUCAAAUUACCGCAUCAGUGGACAUGAUACUUUCUAUAUUCCCAACUUCAUUACUUGCGAAGAAGAACUUUAUUUGAUACGAAAGGUCAAUGAGACGCCUCAACACAAGUGGAAAAAGUUAGCGAACAGACGGCUUCAAAUAUGGGGGGGGGAGAUCACGCCGAAAGGUGUACUUCUUGCUGAACCCUUACCCGCUUUUAUCGACAAUUACCCUGAUAUCAUAUCACGUAUUAAAGCUACUGGAGCGUUCGCGGACUCACCUCACGGCAUGCCCAAUCAUGUUAUUUUAAACGAGUACCUUCCAGGACAAGGAAUCAUGCCCCAUGAAGACGGACCCAGAUAUCAUCCUGUGGUAGCAACCGUUUCGUUGGGAUCUCAUUCGGUUUUCAAUUAUUAUCAAUAUGAACAAGAAGACGCCAUUACCACCGUAUCGCGCGGAGAAGGUCGAACCAUCAACAUGAACCCAACUUUAUCGCUGCUCCUGGAGCCACGGAGUCUCGUCAUCUCGUGCGGUGACAAAUAUACGUCUCAUUUACAUGGCAUUCAGGCCGUCCAGGAGGACCUGAUCAGCUCUGAAAAUCCCGAGGAGAUGUUACCAAAAAUUAUCCCAGUGAGAAUUGCAAAUUUGGAACUACUUCAAGACGAAGGUAUCAAAAGUUCCAUUGAAAGAGGAGAAAUUUUGAGACGAAGCGUGAGGUACAGCCUGACCUGCCGCGACCAUUUUGGAAAGGCUGCCGAUUCUCGAACGGUGAACCGAUGUUCGUGCUUUUGGAGCGGCAAAUGA